ACGUUGACCGAAGUGAACGUAAUUUUUUUCUUGAAACAUUUAUGUGUUGAACACAUAGAAGAGGACAAGCGACGAGCGACAUCUGUCAAAUAUUAAAAUACACGCGUUCUUAUAGGCACAGAUUUUUUGACAACAGCACGACUACGCGACAACAAGCUUGUAGUUGUCGUUGUCGCCAAAUUAGAAAUGUUUCUAAUUUUGCCGACGACAAUGGCCGCUGUAGAGCUGCCGUAGAGUGAAAUGUAAAAUUAUUCAAAGUUCUCACAAGUAUGACGUUAUUUUGCCAGCAGAAACGUAAAAUAGCUUUGAUAUAUCAUUUAUAAUAAGAAUCGAUUAUUUAAAAUAAAUAAAUCGACCAUUUUUACAUUUUUUGCGUAAAUAAUUUCACUUUAAACUAAAUAUGUAAAUUUUAUUGAAGUGAAAGAUGUUAGUACGGCAACAAUGAAAUUGCUGUUUCAUAUGUCGCUGCUCAAGAUGCUGUUUCAAGACGCUGGCUUCAAAGCGACAUUUGUGAUCAGCCGUCGCUACGUCGUGUCGUGUCGUCGUCUUUGUGUUCAGCACUUUAUGCGAACAAAAAAUGGAAACAUUUCUUAAAAAAGCGAUUUUGUUGGUUUGCGUUGUGUGUGUAAUCACGAGAGCGAGUGGUGAAAAUAUAUCGUGUAGGACCCCAAGUGGCUAUGGGGCAACUGCAUUUUACUAUCUGAUUGUCAAACUGGAAGGGAACUCGCGAUGAACAAUCCUACAACACAAGAACAAAUUACAUAUCUAUGUAAGAGCCUCUGCGGACCGUCCAGCGUAAAUCCCUUUGUAAGUAUGCUGUCCAGUGCAGAACUCACCACCACGGAGACCAGUUGCCCCGUUGCCAGAAAUCGAGAGUUCCUGUCUUACACCAGGAGGCGAAUCUGCAAAAUGUGUGCUCCUAAAACAAUGCAAUUUGGGAUAUUGUUAGAAAAGAACGCAAGACCAAGUUGGAGAUUUCAUACCUUCAGGAAAGUCAAUGUGGAAAUGAUGAAGGGGAAAAUAUGGUCUGUUGCGCAAGCACUGAGUAGACGACACAUACAGUGCCAACAUGUAGCUGAUGUGAGGUAGCUUUUGAGAAAGUCCAUCAUUGUAUUUAUGUGUACAUAUGUAUAUAAGAAAAUAUAAGAAAGCUUAUCAAGCUGGUCACACUUUAUAUUUUAUUAACACCUAUGGAAUUUACUACUAAAAAGAAAAUACUAUAUUCAGAAAACAUACCAACUUCUUCUUUAUUGAUUCUAUAAGUUCUAUCUGUAGCACCGCUUAUAUGUAGGUAUGAAAUCGCAUCUUAAUUCUUGCAAUUUAUUUAUAAUGAAAAAAACCAUUAAAAUUUGGGAGUAAAUAUGUUUAUAUGGAGAUGUUUCGAUACUGGUGGGGAAAUUUACCUGCAAUAUACAUAUGUAUUAAGUAUUGUGAGACGGCUACAAGGAGUAGUAAGAAGGAUCAUACUCAAGUACUCCACCUAUUCGUCUAAGGUAGGGUUUUAGA